AUGAGCAAGACCGUCGGAGCAUCUCGUUUCCGCCCUGCCGGCUGGCUGCAGCGCGCGGGCUACGCCCCGCAGGUGUUCGUGUUCCGCAACCUGGAGUCGGGGCAGGUGAUCUACUCGCAGCUGCCCACGUUCACGGAGCGCCAGAUCAACAAGAACUUCUACCGCCCCAACUGGGAGAACCGCAAGCCGUCCACGCGCCCCGACAUCUGGAAGUGCAUGGCCGUCGUCGACCUCGCCAGUCACGAGGAGAGCGUGCGUCUGUACCAGAACCUGUGCCGCCUGCGCUACCUGCGCGAGGUGCCGCAGCGCAAGGCCGCGGAGCAGCUGCGCAAGCGCAACGAGUUCGGCCACAUCUGGUACUCCGCGCAGUACCGCCCCACCUACACGCAGGAGGCUGUCGCGGACCUGCGCGAGUGCCUGCUGCGCGCGCGCGGCGGCGCCACCGUCCACUGGGAGGACCCCUGGCGCAUGGGCGACCGCGCCAAGCACUGGGCCGCGCUGCCCGCCGUCCAGCACCAGUUCCUGCCGCGCAUGGCCAACGUGGCUCGCGAGGAGAGCGCCAUCCUCAAGCAGCUCGGCGAGCGCGCGAAGCGCGCCUUCGCCGCGCCCGCCCCGCCUGCGCCCGCCCCGCAAAGCCUCUGA